AUGUCCCGGAGGACGUUGGGUGGAGGUCGAGUUCUAGGAAACCCGGCCGCGAUUCAAGCAGCUCCGGCCUCGUCCCCGCAGCCAAGGCCAAGGGUGCUCUCGCCGACCGCCAGCAGCGUCUCUCUCAGUUCCCAGACGUCCGUCUCGCAGUUCUCGUCCGAGACCCAAGACCUCACCUCGCGCAUUUCGUUGGAGAAUGGCGACACCUCCAUCUCUGCCGCCCCGGCGGCUCCCGGAGCUAAGCUCUCGUGCCCGAUCUGCAGCGAGGAGAUGCUCACGCUCCUCCAACUGAAUAGGCAUCUCGACGACCUUCACCAGAAUCUAGAAGACGACCGGCAAGAUGAAGUUAAGGAUUGGUUCAAAAUACAAAUGGAAAAGGCAAGACGCUUCCAGCCGCUCGCUGUUCUGAAUCAGAAGCUCAAGGGCCUGGACGUGUUCGAGUCGAACGAGAACCAAACCGCCACGAUUAGCCGUCCAGCAGCGGUCGCGCACGCCGGACCUGCAGAGACUGCACCUCGACUCCUUGCCCCCGAAGAUCUUAUAACGAAAGAACACUGGCAAACUGCUACCCUUUACGACACCUGCCUAGAGCCAUCCUGUGGGAAGCGGCUCAACGGAACCAAUGGGUGCGUCAACUGCCGGAAAUGUGGCAAUCUUUUUUGUGAAGAGCACACAAUGUACCAGAUGAAGCUGUCCCGGUCGGCACAGCAUGAGCCAGUGAGAGGGAUUUGGGCUCGGGUUUGCGAAACCUGCUACAAGUCAAGAGACGGGUAUAAUGAUCAUAACGGUGCAUCGAGAGAUCAUUCUGCGGAAUUCAAAAAGAUCCGGAAGCAGACUGUGGAUAAGGAUUUCCUUGAGGUUUCUCGACUCGAAAAGCGAUUGACGCGUCUCACGCAGAUGCUGUCCAGCCUUCCACCAGAUCAGAUUCAGCCCAGUGCAACCAAGCUUUUCUCCUUAUCUUGGCAACAUGACCAGCGGAAAGCUGUUGAGCAGACUGUCGUCAGCUGGCAGGAUGAUGCCAGUGUCUCUCGCUGCCCCUUUUGUCAACAAGAUUUCUCGGGAUACUCCUUUCGAAGGCACCAUUGCAGAACCUGUGGGCGAGUGGUCUGUGGGGACCCCAGUACCGGCUGCUCUAGUGAAGUUGGGCUCAGUGUUUCACCCUCAUCCAAAACGCCGUUGGAGAAAGCCCGAACAAACGACUUGAUUAACGUGGACGUGCGUCUGUGCAAAGACUGCAAAGCCACUUUAUUUAAAAGGCGCGACUUUGAAGCCGAUGUGUCACGCCGAUCUCCUGAAGUCCGAGCAUAUGAAAAUCUAGUUCAAUUCGAAAGAGGCAUCCGACUCCAUCUACCGAAAUUUCAGAAGCUUCUCAAUGCCCUACAAGACCCGAGACGCCCACCAUCAUCAGCACAGAUUGCUGAAGCUUCCAAAGUCCGAAAGCGACUCAUCGACUCGUUCGCAAAAUACGACGUCGCAGCCCGCCGCAUUCGAGACCUGCCCACAAACUCCCCUACCCAGAUAAAGCUACAGAAAGCCAUAUAUCAACAAGCAAGCAACUUCUUACAUCUUCAUAUGUUGCCACUGAAAUCUCUACCAAAGAUCCUUAAACAGGCAGCGCCAGCAAGAGAUCAAACUCCAAGCGGCACAUCCUCCCCAAUGACCCCGGUGAAUGGAUCCCCUGCACCAAGUCGGCCACAAGAUUCAGCACUUGCGUCCAUCAAAUACAACCGCCGAAUUGGUGCUACUGGCAGCAACACCAGUUUGGCAAGUGACACGAGCAGCGCGGUGUCCGCCCUCGAAGCCGAAGAAAAGUCUCUCCGGGAGCGCCUCAUUGUGCUAGAGGAGCAGAAAUUUUUCGUGUCCGAGAUGAUUGCUGACGCCAACCGUCGGCGCAGAUUCGAUGAAGUCAGCAGCCUCGCUAUGAAUGUCGAAGACUUAAGUCGCGAGAUCGAUCGCGUCAAUGGCAUGUUAGCUGGUCUCGAUUUCGAGGGUGUUUACACUGGAACUUUGCAGGCGAAUUCGUGA